AUUGGAUGAAAUUUCAUAAAUCGCCUACAAAUAUCGAUAUUUUAACGCAUCUCUAAUAUUGACUGCAUAGUGGUUGGCUAAUUUGCAGCCGGGUACUUAAAUGAAUUUUUACUUUUGAGAUCAAAACCGCCUGCAACAUUAAAAGCUUUAUAACAAAUAUAAUUUAUCAUUGUAAACAUAAGUGAAAAUAUAUACAUAUAGCACAUAUACCUAAUAUUUCUAUUUACAAAUCAAAAACUUUGAAGAAAUGGGAGAUGGUUGGCUAGGCAAAGCGGUUUCCAUAGAGUGCGACGCAAAUUUAGGUGUAUUUCAAGGGGUUAUCAAAAAUAUAACAGUAGACGUAAUAACUAUUGUACGAGCAUUUCGGAAUGGUAUACCAUUAAAAAAGCAAGAUGCGGAGGUCAAUUUACGAUCAGCAGAUAUCAUUAGUAUUUCCCUUUUACCAACAUUCAAUGGACAUAGUACUAUCACAACCACUGAUUUCAAAAAACCUGCUUCUGUUAAACUGCCAAAUUUCGCAAAUGCCGGUAAAAUUGCACUGGCCUUACCUGAAAGAAAUGAUGUAUUUGAAAGAGAUCAGGCUUCCUCAUUACCAAAUAGCACUUUCCCAAAAGAUGAGAAUCCUGUUGGUGAACUCGCAAAAGGAAUAUCAAAAGUGAAAGUUGACUCUGGCAAAUAUCGAAGUGUACAAAGUUUGGAAAGUAAAGUAUUUGACAAUGGAAAAAUGCAUUUUAACUCCAGUGUUAAAGAGUUUUUCGGAAACUUGCUACCGCCAAAAGUCGAGGCUCGUUUGGGAAGUACACAAUUUCCAUCCUCACCAAAUUCUGUGAAUGUAUAUGAUGUUGAUAACUUUGAUACUGCGAAUAUGGUGGGUGAAGAAGCGGCCUCUUGUUCCAAACCCAUAGAUAUAAAAUCAAAGAAAAUCUUAAAUGGUGGGUUCCCAAAUGCACCCGAUAUUCCUGGUAACGGAAACGGAAAUACAAAAACGCGAUAUGUUAAUAACGGUUCAAAUAACAAUGGCAAUAAUCGUAAACAAAGAAAACAACUUAGAAAAGAUAACAUGAAACAUAGCCAAACAUUUGGCACGUCAGUCGAUGAUCCGCUGAUACAUGAGGAUUUCGAUUUUGAGGGAAAUUUAGCACUAUUUAACAAACAAGCCAUUUGGGACAUAAUUGAGUCUGAGCAAAAGCCAGACUUGGUGCGUCAAACUUCAAUAUCAAUGCAAAAAUACCGACAUGAUGAGAAUAUAUUGGUCAGUGAACCUGUAAGACUGAGACAAAUUGAAAAUAUGUUCGAUGGAUCUACGGAUUUUGUUACGGAUGAAGGACUAAUAAUACCAACUAUACCAUAUUUUGUACGUGCAAAAAUUGAAAAUAUAGCUGAAAAAGAAGGACUUUCCCUCCCACGACAAUUGGACAUACUUGCAAGAGGAGUAACUGAUCUCGCCAUAUUAAUAUUAGGAGGCGCUAGGAGACUUACACCAACCAACUACCACCAAUGGCCAAUAGUUGUAAUAAUAUGUACAAAAUCAAUUAAUUUAAGGAAUAGUGAUAUUGGUGCUGCAACUGGACGUCAAAUGGCGUCGCAUGGUUUAAAAGUGUUACUUUAUAUGGAGAAGGAAAAUACAACUAACAAAAGCAGGGAAAUUGGUCUCUUCAAAGCUACGGACAAUGUUAUUGUUUACUCCGUCAAUGAAUUGCCAACACCCGACCUUGUAAUCCUAUCUACGGAUUCAAAAAAUUUAAAUGGCCAAGUACGGAAAUGGUUGAGCGAAAAUAGAGCAUCUGUCCUUGCAGUAGACCCUCCCCCAGAUGGGAUUGAAGAUGUUUGCAUAAAAUAUGCUAUCUUACCGAUAUUACCUUUAAAUGGCAUUUCAUCUAAUAACUACGGAAAAUUAUAUUUAUGUAAUUUAGGCAUACCAGAUAAAUUUUAUCGUGAUGCUGGGAUUAAAUACAAAAGUCCCUUCGGCCACAAAUUUGUGAUACCAAUACACUCAAAGGAUUGAGGAGAUGUUAUGAAACGAAAUGUUCAAAUAAAUUUUUACGCAUGGGAACAAAUUUUAAUAUAAGAAAGGAUAUUCCAUAGCCCAGCUGAGGAUAAAAUCCAUAUCUUCGGCAGAUAAUUUUUUUAACUACCACUAAAAGCUGAAUUGUUACUUAAGAGAUUGACAUCUUGGUAUUCUUUUCUUAUAAUCACCUAGUGAUCACAAAGGAAAUUUUUUGUUAGCUUCCAAAAAUGUACAUUUCAAAUGUUAUUUUAGUAUUAAAUUUACUUGACAACCAUAGAUUAAUUAAGUAAGCAAUAUCCAAGCUUUUACAUUUUUAUUAUAUGCAACAAUUAGCGGUCUUUAUGUUUCUUUCAAAAUUGUUAAUUUCAUGCAAACCUGUCAAAUAAAAUUGUCCACAUUGUUUAA